GGUUUCUGCAUUGGCAGUCUUAAAAAUUGAAUCUUGGAUUGAUUUUAUUUGCUCUUUCAAUCUCUCACAUUAUAUGUGUUACCUUUUUGGGUUGUGAUGUUCUUGAACUUUCUUUGUUAUAACCGGGGUGUUCGGGCACCUCGACUAAUUCAUCGGAAUACCUGCCUAAUGUAAACUCUAGGAUGGUUGUGACCAAUUGUUUCAUCAAUUUACCAGAAUUGUGAUUUGGGUAAGCUGUAUUUUUAUCGAUCUUUAAGCGUUUUAUGAGUUUUGAUAGUUUUGUGUUUGUUGAUGUUUUUGUAGUAUUUGUGAAUUUGGGUAUGUGAGAACUAACUUGAAAGCGGAGGUUUUGGUCGUGAUUUUUGUUCAAAUGCCGGAAACUGGAUGAGGUUCUUGCAUUAGCAAUCUUAAAUAUUGAAUCUUGGAUUGGAAACAAUGAGUUUCUUGUGUUUUGCCAAUGUUAGUUUGUUGCUUUCUGUGGCUAGCUUGGUGGAUAGAGUACCGGUACCUGUGUUGGUGGGAGGUAAUAGGUACCCUGGAAACAGUCGAGCUCGGACAUUGAAGUCGACGACAUAAGGUGCGACAACCUAGAUGAAAAGGAUGUCAGUGAUGAGGAGAUUGAGCCAGAGGAAUUGGAGAGACGGAUGUGGAAGGACCAUAUCAAGCUCAAGCGGCUCAAGGAAAAACAGAAGCUUGCAGCUCGGCAAGCUGCAAAGAAGAAGGAAAAUAAACAAGUUACUGAUCAGGCUAGGCGGAAAAAGAUGUCGAGAGCUCAAGAUGGGAUUUUGAAGUACAUGUUGAAGCUCAUGGAGGUCUGCAAUGCUCGAGGAUUUGUUUAUGGGAUCAUUCCCGAAAAGGGUAAACCUGUGAGCGGUUCGUCAGAUAACGUAAGAGCUUGGUGGAAGGAGAAGGUGAAGUUUGAUAAGAAUGGUCCUGCCGCAAUAGCUAAGUAUGAAGCGGAAUGUCUCGCAAGAGGAGAAGGUGUAGGCAGCCAAAACGGGAACUUGCAAAGUGUUCUGCAAGACUUGCAAGAUGCUACCUUGGGGUCCCUUUUGUCUUCUUUAAUGCAACACUGUGAUCCACCUCAACGGAAGUACCCACUGGAGAGAGGUGUCUCGCCACCAUGGUGGCCAACGGGGGAUGAGGGGUGGUGGGCUAAAUUGGGACUACCUAAGGGUCAGAAACCGCCAUACAGAAAGCCACAUGAUUUGAAGAAGAUGUGGAAAGUUGGCGUUCUAACUUCUGUCAUAAAACAUAUGUCACCUGAUAUUGCAAAGAUCAGGAGAUUAGUCCGCCAAUCGAAGAGUCUGCAGGACAAGAUAACUGCUAAAGAGAGUUCAAUUUGGUUGGCUGUUUUAAGCAGAGAGGAAGCAGUUCUCCAACAACAAGGCAGUGAGAAUGGAUCAUCUAGCAUUGAGGCAUCAGCUGGAAGCCGUGGUGAAAAAAAGAAAUCUUCCGUUAGCAGUGACAGUGACUAUAAUGUUGAUGGCACUGAUGAUGGUAUUUGUUCUGUAUCGUCUAGAGGUGAGAGGAGAAAUCAACCGUUGGAUGUUCAUCCUCUAAAUGUCAUUCCUCAAUCUCACCAAAGUACGGACCGUCGGAGGAUGAGAAAACGUGCCAGGUCAAACCCUACUGAGCAACAGACUCAACCAUCUCUGCUACAUGGUGACGAGCAUAGCAACACAUUACCUGAUAUUAACAGUUCAGAAAUGCUGUUUUCUGAACGCACAACGAGUGACAGCUUACAGGGAAAGAAAAAGAGCGAAGCAACAAAGCGUGUAGAGAACAAAACAGAGAGUAAAUCAGAGUUAGCGUUACUAGACUCAAACCCAUCAUUGGUUCCGUCAGCUAACGUAGUCUCUACAGGGGAUACAUAUAUAGGUGUUGGGCCAUCACUUUAUCCGAUGUCUCAAAAUUCUGCAGCUGUCCCUUAUGCAUCAGAAGUGCAUCUUGAAAAUCAAGAUUCUAUCAUUCAGCAUCAAUUUCAAGACACUCAGUUCCAUGGUCACCAGAAGAUUCCUGCGAUGAAUAAUGGACAACAAAUUUCCCUAUCACAUUAUGGACCUCCAAACAAUGGCUUAGAUUAUGGACCUCACGGUUCUGCCGUACACACUGAGCUGCAGGUUUCUGAAUUUGUUCAUGGAUCUGAAUUUUCCAACUUUAAUCAACCUCCGUUACACCACUCUUAUUCGUCAGCUGAAUUUGGAUCCACACAUGAAGAAACACAGUCCCACUUGGCAUGCAAUGAACUUCAGAUUGGGCCAAGUGAUUCUGGAGUUGGUUUGUCGCUUCACGGAAGUGGGAAUGAUAUCUCUAGAGACAAUCACUAUUAUGGAAAAGACUUGUUUCAGAAUAACCAUGAUAUGCCUAUUGAGUUGCCUUUUGAUUCUCCGCUUGCUAUUGGCUUGCCUUAUGAUACACUCGGCAGCCCAUUCGACUUGGAGUUUGAUGCACAAAGUCAUUGUGAUAAUACUGAUUAUGAUUUAGAGUUUGACAAAGAACUGAUGUCAUUCUUUGCCUCAUAGAGAAUUAUAAGAGGAAAGACAACAUUUACAAUGAGCAUGACAAAGGUGGAACCCUUUUCAAGAUGGAACAGAUUUUUCUCUCAUAAAAUUGAAAGUUCGACUGUAAGUUGUCAACUUAGUUUUCUUGUCAAGAAGUCGAAUGUAAAUCUAGUGACAGCAAACUCAAUUUUUUCCUAUGUUGGCCGACCCUUUACAUGUUAAAGAAAAGUGCCUCAUGUAAAUGAGUUAGUUUCAUAGAGUUAUUUUCAUCUUCUUAGAAGUUGUAAACUUACUCAUCGUGCUCAAAACAUUCUUGACUAUGCUGCACAAGCGAUGUAAGUGAAGCAUUUCGUUGUAAUUGGCCCAACAAUUCUUGCCUCCUAUUUAUAGUGUUAUCCUUCAUUCAUUUAUCAUUUUAUUUUCUUGUGUCAUAACACAUUGUAAUUUCACAAUACUUUGAGCUAACUUGUUCACAUUUGUUGAAAUGUAACAUCUACAAUUCGUAGGGAA